UAACAUUGAUAAAUUUAAUUCAUUCAAAAUCGUAUAAAAAGCUGCUGCUUCUAAUUAUAAUGUAUGAUAGAUCACUUACAGUUAUCAGUUCCUACAUAAAAAUGCGUUACGCCAUCAUUUUGACGGUGGUAAUCGGUGUCACUUUUGCGGCGUCGGUUCCGAACCCCGGGCACCAGCGAAUAGUCGGUGGUAGGCCUACUACUAUUGAAAAGUACCCGUUUGCUGCCCAAGUACAGAGCAGUUCUUUCGGCAUAUUGUGGGGCCUGCAAUGUGGGGGUUUCUUGAUCAGUAGCACUGCUGUCAUUUCCGCAGCUCAUUGCUACAUAUUCAAUUUACCAGCCAGAUCAUAUCGCGUUCGACUUGGGAGUGCUUCCUCUGUCAGUGGGGGAACCAUCUUCUAUGUAUCUUCGUACGUGAACCACCCCGACUAUAACCUCGCUUCAAACGAAUACGAUGCGACCGUCAUGAGGCUUGCAAGACCUGUCAUCUUUAACGAUGUUAUGAAAAGUGCUCGUAUUCCGGCCAGUGUGUUCCCGAUAGCUGAUGGUGCUGAACUGAGUGUGAUUGGUUGGGGCGCUUUGUCUAACGUAGACCCUGGACCUGAGAUCCUCCACGAAGUGCAGGUGAACAAGAUUAACACGACAAUUUGCGCCGAACGCUACAGGGCCCUCAAUGAACAACUGCCAGAGGACGAUCAGGUGCCUGAAGUCACAGACACCAUGCUCUGCAGUGGCAUCCUCGACGUCGGAGGCAAGGACGCUUGUCAAGGGGACUCGGGGGGCCCCGUCAUAUUGAAUGACGACAUCGUAGUGGGAAUCGUGUCUUGGGGUUACAACUGCGCUGAGCCGCUGUACCCUGGCGUCAACACUCGCGUCAAUUCCGUUAGCAGCUGGAUUGUUGAAAAUGCAUCAUAGCUUUGAGUGUUAUCUAAUAAAUAUGUGAUUUAUUGCAAUUUGA